GGGCUCCUGAGCAUGUCGGCGCGCCUCCCCCUUGCUGACGUCAAACCCUAGGACACCCCGUUGGCAGCCCAACCCCGCGUGCAAUGCUCUGAACUCUUAACAUCAGCAUCUUACAAAUGCGGCGACCCUGCAGGGGUGCAACCCUGCUACUGGGCUGCCUCUGCCUGUGCGCUGCAGUGCCGCACCAGCCGCCCGCAACCCAGGGCAGAGCGGACGCCCUCGUGCUCGCCCUGCAAUGGCCGCCCGCCCGCCUCCAGGGCAAUCCCCUGCUGUCAGCAGAGUACGGCGGUGCCAUGGCAGAGGGCAGGGUGGCCAGCUCGUGGACCAUCCAUGGCUUGUGGCCUAGCAGUGGGAACGGCCCCACGUACUGCGGGCCAUCGGGCGGGAAGCGCACCCGCGCCAUUCGGCACCCAGGCGCUGAGCCUGCCCUGGUUCCCACUGCAUUAGUGCCCUCGCUCAACUACAUGUGGCCUGACAUCACGCCAGGGCAGCCCAUCACUAGCAGCGGCGGGCAACCGCUCAGCAUCUGGCAAGAAGAGUGGGCCACACACGGCACCUGCUACAGCAGCGACAGCGCUACCUACCUUUUGGAUGCGGUGCGGGUGGCAGUGGGCAUCAGGAACUUGACGGAUGUGCUGGCAGGCGCUGGCAUUGUGCCAUCUGCCUCUCGUCCCUACCGAGUGGGCGCCAUCAAGCGGGCCAUCUCAGCAGCGCUGGGGGACGCGCUGCCGCCGGGCCAGGGCCUAGUAUGCCGUCUUCCCGACGCUGGGGGUAGCUCGCUGCCCCACCUUGCCGAGCUGCGGCUGUGCAUCGACAGGGCCACUCUGGCACCCGCCGACUGCAACGCUUUCUUCCCGCCCUUUACUACCCGCAACAGGCAAGCUGCGGCUCAGACAAUCCUCAGCGAGAUAAUCGAUCUAGAGGAGAUUGCCAAAGUGGACCGCGGCAUCGCGGCUGUGGCGGGGGAGCUGGGCUAUGGCAUGGGCAUCAAGGGUGGUAUCGCCCGCAAGAUACUCAAAAUUCUGCAUGGGACCCCAGAGCCCGCCACCGACGAUUUCGACAUCGACUGCGUCCUGAUUGCGGAGGCUGGGUUGACACCCGAGGAGGAAACCGAGCUGCGCAAGACGGUUACAGGCAUGCAACUGGGCCACCUGAUUCUGGAACCCAAAGAUGUCGAGGUCCUCAGCAAGGAAGGCCUUAAGAGUUACUGGAUACAUCGCGACAUCUGCCUCAAUGAAGUGCUGCUGCUGCGCCUCUCUCCUGGAGCCCCGCUCACGUUGUUCUACUCCGACAACGCGCUGUAUGAUGCCAAGCACUCCAUCAUCCGCUCCAUACCGCAUGCCCUCAAGUCUGACUUCACCGAGUGCUGGACCUUGGAUGGGGCGCAGCCCAUCCUGUCCCCCAAGCACGUCGCCAGGACCAUCCUGCGCUAUUUUAAAGGGCACGGAGCGAGCUACCAACUGGGAGAAGACACCUGGGCAUACUACAGGCGGAAUAAGUUGCAGCCCAUCACACUCUAUCAGGUGGGUGUGACGACAUGCUGUCAUGCUGUUGCGUGUUGCUACUGAUUGCUGCCAUACUGGACUGGCCGGCCCACAGAUUCUGCGCGCCGUCCACGCUGAUGAUGUGGCUUAUAGGGCUGUGGUCGCGCAUCUGAUUGAUGUCGGACUGCUGUCAGGCUCAGAGGUGCGGCGCAAGGGCGGGUUUGAUGGGCUGUGGGGAUCCACCCUGAAGGAGGUGAACGACAAGCUGGCACAGUAUGGUGGCCGGUUGUCUCUGGACGAGCUGGAUGUGGAGGCAGUGGAGAGGUGGGUAACUGAGAAGAAGGCAAGGAUGCGCAGUCUGCCCUACCGGCAGCGCGACCGUGCCUCUCGCACCGGCUACAUCCCAGCAGAUGAGGACACCCUGUCCCUGGGCCUCAUCACCUUCCCCUCAGAGUACCUGGAGUUCGUUGAUGGCGAGGGCGGGCUGUGGGAUCCCGAGCACCCAGCAGGCUCACCGCCGCCUGCCGGCAAAGGCAAGGCAAACCAGCUGCGGCAGCCUUCAAGGCAGCCAAUUCCUGGUACAGGCUUGGAGGAGCCGCUUCUGUCCUCUGCGCUGCUGCCUCCUGGGGAGCGUCCGCUGCGCGGCAAGGCCACGCCGGCCUCCAGCGUGCGGCAUGCCAUGUCAGCAUUGUGGCAAGGGGGUGGGGGCGGGGGCCUGCCCCCGACUGGAAGCGAGGUGCAGUUUGUGCUAGCGCAGACGCUCUUGGGUGCCGCGCCGGCGGUGUCUCCAGAUGAGAACCGGCUGGGAAUGGCAUGGGAGGUUGACCCUCAGGAGUACACCGCAGACGCGGCUGCCCGGGAGGAGGACAAGGAGGACGGUCCUGCCAGGGAGCCGCUCUCGGAGAUGGCCCGCCCCGCCUCGCGCUACUCAAGCGCCGAAACCAUCCACUUCAUGUGCCGCAUCGGGAUGGCGGCCUGGCCCCUCCUGGUCCUGUCAUCGGUUCUGGUUGUCGCCUCGGUUGGCCUGCACUUGUAUCAGCUGCGUGUUCAGAGCCUCAUCCUCAACCUGGCUCUUGCCGGGGACAGCCCGGCUUUCAUGGAGAAGAUUGUGCUGCUGGCCAAGGUCUGCAUCGCGUAUGUCACCGCCAACUGGCUGUCCAGCCUGGCGCUGCAGCUCUAUCUGCGCCAGGCCAUGCAGCAGCUGUACACAGGUCUAUUCCAGCACGUCCUCUUCCAAGACUCGACGUUCUAUGAUCGCAUCUCCGCCUCAGAACUGGCCAUGCGCUGCGGAGUGGACAUGAUGAACCUGCGUGUGCUGGUGGGGUUCCUGGUGCAGAAGAUGGUCAAGGGGCUGACCCAGGUCAUCGCAGGCGUGGUGCUCCUGGCUUCUUUUGCCUCUCCAGCACUGGGCUGGGGCUUUACUGCCGUGAUUGGCGCGGCGGUGUGGGUCAGCGUUGGCGAGCUGUUCCUGGUGUCGCUGUUCAUCCGCGCCCGCCACCGCAUCGCAAGGUCUGCGCUGGGCCGCCUGUAUGGCUUCAGCUACGACGUCUUCUCCUCCAUACAUGGGGUCAUCUCCAUGGCCCUGCAGCGCAGCUUCGCCGACUCGUAUGGCUACCUGGCGGCCUCCUACUUCCAUGCAGCCAUGGUUCUGGCAAUGUGGGUGGCCAGCCACGAGUUCUUCCUGGAAACGCUGUUCUCGGCCGGUGUCACAGUUGGCCUCAUGUACAUCGGCGGUUCCCACGUCCUGGCCGGCACCCUCAGCGUGGGUGCCCUGUACGCCAUGCUGCGGUACACGGCGGUGGUCGAGUCAGGUUACACUGCGCUUUCGGAGGGCGUGGCGCGCUUCUAUGCCUCCUAUGGGAGCCUUGAGCAUGUGAUUGAUCUGCAAAAGCGCGGACAACUCACCAACCGCGGCAAGGCUGCAGUGCUGGAGGCACUGGAGCGGGAGGAUGCCAACAGACAGCCUCAGCAGGAGGCUGGCGAGGGCCUUGGCGAUGCCGGCGGCAGUGGGCCCUGGCCCAACUGGACUCGCCGGCUGACGGCGGCAAGCUGGGCGGGCGGGGUGCGGUGCCGAGAUGUCAUUUACGGCUACAAGGGCAGGCCCGGCAACGUCCUGUUUGCAUUCAACCUGGAUGUGCCGGCUGGGGAAUUGGUGCUCGUGACGGGUGCGCCAGCAUCGGGGCGCUCGACGCUGCUGCACCUGCUGCACUUGGACAUCAUUGCGGGCGGCGGCAGCGUUCAAUUCCUGACCACGGCCGGCACAUGGCUGACCUACCAAACCACGUCCACGGACCGCUACGACAUGCAACAGUGCAUGGGCUACGUGUCUCCGCAGUCCUGCAUCGAGGCAGUGUUCUACGCCACAGUGCAGGAGAACAUGGUGUGCGGGUGCUCUGUGGCCUGCCUGCCCAGCGUGGUGGAUUGCCAAGAGGCGGCAGCUGUUACGGGCCUGGAUGCCGACGUGGCGCAGAUGCCAGAUGGCUACCAGACACUGGUGGGCGAGGCAAGCCGCGUGGACUUGGCGAUCAUGGCCCGCCUGCGUCUGGGCAUUACACGCCUGCUGCUGCUAGACGCGCCUCGCCUCGUGCUCAUCGAUGAUGCCGACCGCUUCCUCACGGCUGUGCCCCGUCUCCCAGAGGUGGUGGGGCGGCUGAAGCAGGCAGGCGCGUCGGUGGUGCUCACCGCCAGCUCGUCCAGUGCGGAUGCCCUGCGGGCUGCUCUGCCAACUGACAUGCACCACCUGGUCUUGGAGCGUGGCAGGCUGCGGCCGGCAGUUUGAUGAUGAUGAGUGGUCACUUGUAUUGUAUUUCAGUGAUCUGAAUGCUCAUUCUUGAGUUGUGAGAUGUGCAUGUGAAAGGAAUGUGGC